AUGAAGAUUUUACUAUUUUUUGCUGUUUCGAUUAGAGGAUGGCUCUUCUCAGACUUUAUUCUUUCCAAUUUUCCCUAUUUGAAUGAGAUUGAUGCUGAUUUUCUGAAGAGAACAACUUUUGGAGAGAUCGAUUUUGUCAAACUCGGAGAACUUGUUGAACAAGCUGAGAGAAAUGGACACCGAAUGGUUUUGGAAUCGAUUAUGGAGGAGAUCCUUUGUUUCGAGGAGCGCUUUCUUGAUAGCUUUUCGCCACCAGAGGGAUUGCUGGUUGAGGCACCAAGGUUGAGACAAAUUGUCGCGAAGCUUUUAAACCCAGCUAAACAGGAGUCGUGGAGAAAACUUGAGGUGUUCAUCACGAACACCACUCGUUUUGAGGAUCAACGGCAACUGAUGAAUAUUUUUGAAUCUCUUCCUUCUUUACAAGAUGAGUUCACUGACAUCUACCGCUCUGCAGACCCAUUUAUCGCAGAAAAAGCUCUGUCUCGUUUUGAGCGAGUAAGAAGAAGUGAAAAUGAUGCUGCUCCGAAAGAACAAUGCUGUGACAAUCUUCUUUUCAAAAAGAGUCUGUCGAACCCAGAGGAAGAGCUUAAGUUCUACAAAUCGAACUACUACAAAAAUCGACCGGUUUAUACGACUUCAGAUGGAGUUGAAGCUCUUUGGUGGUUUGAAGGCAAAUCUGGUGGACAAUGGGUGCACGGAUUGCUUGACGAUCUAAGAAUCGGAGAAAAAUCAGUUGGCUGGGAGCUUUCCGAAGAAACAGUAGCUUGUCCCGACCAAACAUUCCGCUGGCAAGACAGAAUUGAAUGCUUGGAUGUUUGUGGGACCGAAUUCGUUGAGCCAGAGUCAAAUUACGGAUUUAUGAUGAUUUCCAACAACCAUGCACAUGAGCUUUCCUGCCCAUGGAUAAUCGACUCGAGCUGUAAAAUCAUCGAGCUCCAACUUAUGUCUGUAACUGAUCGCUACAAUUGCGCCUGGGAUUAUUGGAUGAUAGAUGGGGAACGUUUCUGCAUAGAAGAAAACCUCCCACUUUGGGUUUCAGGACGAGAGGCGAAAAUUCAUCUCGAGGCUUCAGCCUUGCCAAAUGCUUUUACGAUCCGAUGGAAGUGUCGCGGGCAGUUCUUGGAAGGCGAAACAUGUGAUUUUCUUUGGAUAGAUUUACUCAAGAGAUUUUCACUUGUAAACGGAGAAAAUGCAGACACGGAAGUUCAAAAUAGUCACGGAGACUUAUUCAAGCUUGGAUCGUUGUCUUAUUCGAUUUUGAGUAUUCUGAAGUCCCAGACUUUAGACGAGUUUGACAUAAUCAAAGAAACAAUGAUGGAGGACUUUGAAUCAGCUUUAGAAUCAAGGGAUCUUGAAGAAAUUCUCGACGACAGUCACUUUCUUGCGAGAACAGGGAGUUUCAUCCGAGCAAACUUUGAAGAAAAUAUUGAUGAUUUCGCGCACUUGAUGACUGUUCCACUCGUUCUUUUGAAAUUUAACGUAACAGCGCUGGAUUUCGGCGGAGAAACGACAAAUGAAAGCAUCAUAAAAAGCCUGAUUAUGAUCAUGGAGUCAAUGACGUGCAGUACAUUCGACUACUGCCAAGAGUUGAAGAAUAUCUUCGAAGCAUUGUCUGUUGAGGGUUUUAUGGAAAGAAAUUUUCCCGAGUUCGCAGCUGUUGAAAAAUCAAAUGAAGCAGUUUUCUAUUUGAUUGGAACCCUCUCAAUCUUUGCUGUCAUUCCUGCAUUUGCUAUUACUCAAAAAGUCAGGAAGAGCAAGUUGUUCAAUGAUGGCAAGAUACCAGAAGAACUAGACAGCUUUUUGCAAGAACUAAAAGACUCGAACGAAGAACAGACACUCCGUGAGAUUUUCGUUCCACUAAAGCAACUAAAACUCGACGCCAAUUCUUGCGAACUGAUUGGAGAGGGCUACUAUGGGAGGAUAUUGAAGACAAAACUUCAUGACCAAGAAGUUUGCGUGAAAGAAGUCACUGGAAAGUCGGACAUGGAGGUUCUACGCUCGAUUCUUGAGCAGGCGCAUUUUUUGUCAAAACUUGAACACGAAAAUGUAAUGGGUUUAUCUAAUUUGUCCUGGUCCGCUGAUGGAAUGCCUUUAAUAAUUAUGCCGCUCAUGUCACGUGGGAGUCUUUUAUCAUUUAUUCAGCAUGAAAUCACUGAAGCUCCAUUGACAACAACUCUUAUCAUCAGAUUUGCCCGGGAUCUUUGUCGUGGAAUGGAGUACCUAUCUGGCAAGCAUAUUAUCCACCGUGAUUUGGCUGCUCGAAAUUGUCUUCUCGACACAAAUCUCAAUAUCAAGAUUUCCGACUUUGGCCUCAGUCGCAUUUCUAAAUCAGCCUUACGAUUGCUAACGUUUUUAGACGAGAGCAUUGUUGCUUACCUCGAAAAAGGCGAACGACUUCAACGGCCGAGCUAUUGGCAAGACGAUGAAGUCUGGAAAAUUCUACUUCGAACUUGGCAUAUGAAUCCCGAUGCGCGUCCGACUUUUCUUGGGUUGUACGAGUUCUUCAAGCAUCAAAAUCAAAAAUACAUCCGGCUGGAAGCAGAGACGGGUUUUCUAGCGACAAUUGUUCCCCCUAAGAACGAAAUCAUCUUCCUGAUGAACGCGAGCGAUCGAAAACCAGCUCGACGCAGUAGCUUCAAUCAGAAAUAUAGAAGAUCUUCUCAGUUCUACAUUCCUUCUGGAGCUAGCAUGACCAAUAUUAGUCAAUUCACUGACAAUCCUAGAGCAUCAAUGAAGAAGCAUGGCUCUUCAUCUUUUUGA